AUGUCAAAACAGGUUGGGAAUACCCCCUUGAAAGUUCCCACAUAUGCUGAUUUUCGUAAGCCACAUGCAAACCCUAGUAUGGGUUCUGGAGUGCAAGAUAAGGGUGAAGUGAAUGUGCAGAAUGUGGCGGAUAAGGAGACAGAACCGACGAUUACCUUUGCUAAGGUGGUGCAAGCUCAAAAACAGGAAGUAAAGAUCAACUUUCGGCAGAUGGAAGCGACGGAUACCAUGGAUGGGAUAGAUGUUGUCAUACCCGUAUCCUCUGUUAAAGAAGUGAAUGAUAGAUUUCCGAAUACGUUGUACGGAUACUUCUUGGGAAAGAGGUUAGCUUAUCCUGUGGUUGAUUAUUAUGUGAAACAUAAUUGGGCAAAAUAUGGGUUAUCUAGAAUGAUGAUGAACACUAAGGGGUUUUUCUUCUUCAAGUUUAACACGAAGCAAGGGAUGGAACAGUUACUGGAGGAUAGUCCAUGGAUGAUAAGGAAUGUUCCUAAUAUUCUGAAACAAUGGUCAUCAUCGGCUAAUGUGAUGAAGGAGGAAAUUACCGAGAUUCCUGUGUGGGUUAAAAUGCAUGAAGUGCCGUUACCUGCAUUUACUGAAGAUGGGUUGAGUCUACUAGCUUCGAAGAUAGGAGUGCCUAAGAUGGUAGAUUCUUACAUGGCAUCUAUGUGUUCCGAAUCUUGGGGUAGGAGCAGCUUUGCGCGGGCGCUUAUAGAAGUUCAUGCAGGAAAAGAAUUGAAACGUAGUGUUAAGGUUGCUAUACCGUCUAUGGAAGGAACAGGAUACUCAACGGCUGAGGUGAAAAUUGAAUAUGACUGGGAACCGCUAAGAUGCUCUACCUGUUGUGUAUUUGGACAUGAUGACAAUACAUGUCCAAAGAAACCGAAACCAGAGGAAAAUAAUGAUCUUAAUAAGAAAAAAGACAACUUCCAUGAAGUAAAAGCAAAAAAUAAGAAAGGAGGUCAGCAAGGUGUUAACUUAAAAACGCAGAAACAAAAAAUGAUAUACAGGCCGGUGGUUAAGAAGAAGGUUGAUGGGGCGAUUGCUUCGUCGUCUCGGGUUCAUGUCUCAAACCCGUUCGAUGUACUUCAGGUCGAUGAAGGGCUGCCGCAUACGGAUGGUUUGAAUGACAAAUCUAGUGGCCAACCGAAACCAAAAGCUAAAGGAGGUCAGGACGGAUAUGAGGAGGUUAUUGAUGAUGGGGUAGAGGUGGAUGAGCUCUUAGGUGAAAUCCCAAACUACUUAGAUAAAAAAUUGGAAAAGAAAGGAGCUGAGGGUGCAAGCACACCCGGGGAAAGAGGGUAUUAA